UUAGCGAUCGUCAAAACGUUAUUAAAGUUGAAACGUCACGCAGCAAAUGUAAAUAUUAAAAAAAAUACACGAUAGAAAGAAGGAUUACGUUGUAAAAAGCAUGUGCUCCCAAGUUUAUAAAUUGCCACUUCUCUUAUUACCGAAUGUCAAGGCUCGAUCGUUUCUGCACUCACGCGCACGUAACUCGAUGAACUUUGCAAAAACCACGUGUAUAAGUAAUAAGCCGAAGUCGCCCGUACUCGGGUUUCACUUUUGAGUCGUCGUUUACACAGUCCGCAGAGCUCCGAGUGUGCGCGAUACGCGUGGGUGGUUGGAGCGACGCCGCAUCGCAGCCAACUCAUCGAGUAUAUUUAUAGUGGGAUAUAAUAUAAAGAUAUAUAUAUACAUAUACUCAUUGACAUGUGGUAGUGCGAAUGUUUACAUGGCGCGUUUAGUCGUAAACUUGAAACUAAUCCGCAGAUCGACUGUACUGCGCAGGACGUCGUGUGAUUCGAGAUCCUGCAAAUUCUGCCUUUGAUAAUCGCCGCUCGCACGUAUUAUAUUAUACGGAAGCGAGUAUAAUUAAGGGACUCUAAUGAGCAAAAAAUUAUCGUCGUCGCUUCGAUUCGCUAGCGUAGUAAGUGCCGGGAGCCCCCGACUCAACAUUGUUUAUCGUACAGCGAUACAAUGACAUUGACUCGAAAAAGCGAGCCGAUAAAAAGCGACGGCGCGCCGGGCUCGAGCUGGCGAUUGCGUCGCCGAAAGCCCCACUAUGAUAUGGAUCAAUCACCCGAAGCUGCUCCUGUUCAAAACUUGAAAAAUUUCAACCUGCUUCUUUAUAUUACCGAAGCGGCCGGAAUUCUAUUGAUUAUAUUAGUUGGAAUAUGGACCAUCAGUUAUCGCGGAGGAUUUGCGUGGAGGUCGCAGCCAGGCUUAGAGUUCAACUGGCAUCCUCUGUUGAUGACCAUCGGUCUAGUAUUUUUGUACGCGAACGGAAUGCUGAUUUACAGAACUCAAAGGACUGUACGAAAAAGGCGCUUGAAGUUGAUUCAUUCUGGAAUCAUGAUAUUUACAGUAUUACUUACAGUAAUCGGACUUGUAGCAGUGUUCGACAGUCAUAAUCUAGCUAUUGAUAAACCCAUUCCUAAUAUGUACUCGUUACAUAGCUGGAUAGGUUUGGCAAGUGUCAUUCUAUUUUGUUGCCAGUGGCUAGCUGGAUUUUUAUCAUUCCUGUACCCAGUCGUGCAACAGUCAACGCGAGCUGCUUACAUGCCCAUUCACGUUUAUUUCGGCACUGCUGGUUUCGUGGGGACCAUUGCCGCUUGCUUGAUGGGUUUGACUGAAAAGGCUUUUUUUACUUUGAAAGAUGCAACACCUUACAGUGAUUUGCCCAGUGAAGGAGUACUGGUUAAUAUAAUUGGUCUUGCUUUUGUUAUUUUUGGAGGCUUAGUUGUGUAUUUAGUUUCACAAGAAGCAUACAGAAGACAUCCUCAACCUGAAGAUGAUAUAUUAUUGGAAAGAAGAAAGAACUAAAAGUUAUAACUAAAAAUAUUUCUGAAAUAUUUGAUUUUUAUAGUUAAAAUGUGGUGCUGAUAAAGCUUUAUCAAUCAGGAUUUUUUCUUUUAAUACCAAUUUGAAAUUAAAAAACAUUUCAUUUAUUGGUGCUACAAUUCCCAAUGUCAUAGUUCAUUAGAAAAAUGGUGCAAUAUUGUCAAAUUUUGAAAACACUUUGGUGCAUAGAUAUUUAUACAUAUCCAGACUUUUUGUAUUUAAAUUUUUAAGUCUUUUAAGUUGUUUAGUUAGAUUUUUCAAAGAAAAUAAAUAUAUAAUUUUUAACUAAACUAUGCUUUUUCAUACAGCAAAUUACAUGUUUCUUCAUUAACAUUAAACACAUUUCCUUCUUUUUAAUUUAGACUUAGUAAUCCAAAUCAAAACCUUCAUAUUUUUUAGAAAAACAAUAUAAUAUUACUUUAACUAUUACACGUAAAUAUUUGUUGAAUAAUAAAUAUU